AUGGUUGGGUCAAAGGUGGAAAAGACCAGUCGCUCUCCAGCCUCGUGUACCGAGUGCCAGCGGCGUAAGCAAAAGUGCAGCCGGCAAUGGCCUUGCAAUCAUUGUCAAGCGCGGAAGAUCCCGCAUCAAUGUAGAUACCCUCAAAAGCAAGCGUCUGUUGGAUCAAAGUCCUCGGCAGAGUCUCCAGGAAAAUUAUCUACUGAUGAUAAUAUCCAGGCUGAUGUCAAAGCAGAAGAGCCUGAACUGAAAGCUACGGAUCUCCCGGCUCUUGCUGCGAAGGAUGAACUUCGUGGCUUGGGGUAUCUAGCCGAUGAUCAAAAUCUGCUAUUUGGAAAUGCGGCACCAACGACCAGCAACACGUCAGCAUCCAACCAAUCUACCGAGGAAAUCUCCUCAGAGAUGAAAAAUGUGUUGCGACUUUUGCCUCCAAAGCCCUACACAGACAUCCUAGUUGAGCGAUACCUGGAGGUCACAAAUUACAGUUACUACUGUUUAUACCCGCCCACUUUCUCGCAAGAUUACGCAGCAUGGUGGUCUGAUAGAGCCAAGGGCAGGCCCCUCACACCCGAAUUUACUUGUCUGCUCAUCCGAGUCUGCGCAUGCUCAGCCCAAUAUCUCAGCGUCGAGAUCCAGCAGAAACUCGAGUCCGACCUGGGUGAAUCUGUGCAGAGUCUUUCAGAAAUUUAUCACCACGCUGCUAAACAAUUAAGCAACACUAUUCCCCCUGGAAAGGGAGGGCUGGCUCAAAUCCAGCAACUUUUUCUCACGGCUGCUUGGUUCAAGGCCGAAUUGUUAUUUGUCGAAUCCUGGCAUGCUUUGAGUUCUGCAAUACACGAGGCUCAGGAAUUGGGUAUGCAUAAGUGUGCUCCACGGGCGGGCUUGUCAGAAUUCGAUAUUGAAAUGAGACGUCGAAUGUGGUGUCUCUUAUAUGUGUGGGACUGGCAAAUGUCUCUGCUGCUUUCUCGUCCGCUCAUUAUUAAUCACAGUUACUAUGCAUUCGAGCUUCCGAACAUGCAGCUUGAAUGUCAGGACCCAAAAACGUGCCCACCCUCCCCGUUUUCUCAUAUAGCUUCCCAAUGCGAACUUGGCAAGAUAAUCUCACGGGUGGCAGCUACCAUGGAGGGACCAGUUGAUCCGAUUCAAGCCAACUCCGUCAAAUGUGAUAUAGACCAGUGGUUUGCGACUCUUCCACCAGCCUAUCAGGAAACAGAUCCAGAUACCCAAUGGGAUGAGAAACACAUCUACGUGGCCCUACAGCGGAACCAAAUGCAAGCGAUCGGAUAUAUGACAAUGCUAGUACCAUUCAAAGCAUUCCUCACCAAGACAUUUGACAAUCAUAGUUCCGAGACGGACAGGGCACUACGAAGCACUGCAGUCGAUAUUGCCGUACACCUGAUGGAUGUCUCUCAUCGACUAUUUGAUCAUGUCUACCCGCUAAACGCCAAAUUCCACCUCGUCACAUUCCUAAUCUUUGAUACUGCUGCGUUCCUAUCCUCAGCCAUGAUCCAUGACAAGGACCACAGUCUUCCACAACGUGAAAAAAUCAUCCAAAAAAUCAGCCUCGCCUGCUCUCUUAUGCAGAAACUUGCCCAAGUCACCAAAACAGGUGCAAUCUGUUAUCCAGUUCUCGUUAGACUUGCCAAGAGCCUGUCUACAUCGUCCAAGAAAACCGCUUCUUUUACUGGAAUCAAUGGCGGUCUCCCCAGCCUGGAAGUCAACGGUGCGGGCCCGUCACCAGAACUAGAGCUUGAUGCAUUCCCUUCACUAGGAUUCACCUCCACAGAAUCGUCAUCCUCAUCACAGGGUUCAUUGGGUCCGAAUGAAAUCUUUUUGCCUGCCUCUCUUGACCUUUCGGUCCCAGGUAUGGAAACACCGCCGGUCAUCAGCGUGGGCGACUUUUCGAAUUUAGACGUUGGCCAAUUUGACCAGAUUUGGGACUGGCAAAAUCUUGACUUGACGUUGUUUCCUGCAUGA